ACUGGUUAGUUUGUUGGCAACUCUGAUCUGAUUCUGAUUGGUAUUGGCGAUAUAAACAUAAAACAUAACCUUGAAGUUCUGAUGUCAUGUCAGGAAAGAUAUGUAAUUUCUAAAAUUAGCAAAUAAGAACUUCUUGGUGAUUUACAACCCUUAAGAAAACCAAAAUGGUUUUCCAAAGUGUGUUGUCUUAUGUUUUAAACAAGUACUUGGGGGAAUUCGUUGAAAACUUGGACGAAAACCAACUGAAUGUGGGGAUUUGGGGAGGUGAUGUAGAAUUAAAGGAUUUAGUCUUAAAGCCCGCAGCUUUAGCUGAAUUAGAUUUACCAAUACAGUCAGUGUAUGGAAAAAUAGGUAAACUGGUUCUAAAGAUACCCUGGAAGUCUCUGUACACAUCUAGUACUGUUAUAACUGUAGAAGAUAUAUAUUUAGUUGUGCAGCCUAAUCAGCAAGUUCGGUAUGACCCAGUGAAAGAGGAACAGAGGUUGUAUGACUAUAAAGUGAAAGAAAUUCAAAGAGUUGAAGAAACAAAACGAGCAGAAGAUGAGAAAUUAGCGGGAAAAGCACCAGCCAAAGCAGGAUGGACACAAGAAUUUGCAGAAAAACUGGUGGCUACUAUAAUAAAAAAUAUCCAACUUAGUAUAAAACACAUACACAUCAGGUAUGAAGACAAAGUUACGAACCCGAAAUUUCCAUUUUCUUUUGGUGUUACAUUAGACCAACUUAUCGUCGAAAGUACAGAUGCCAACUGGAAGAAGACCAUCGCAGAUGAUAUCAUCAAAAUUUACAAGAUCCUCCAUUUGGAGAACUUGGCCAUUUACUUGAAUUGCAAAAGUUCUCUGUACGGAGACCUGCCUGUGACGCAAAUGUUAAGCAAACUGGAAUUGGGAAUAGCCUCAAAAGAGCACAAUCCUGAUGGAUUUAAAUACAUUCUGGGGCCAAUAAACUCCUCAGCAAGACUGAUAAUGAAUCAGAAACCAGAAAUCGACCAGCCACCCUACACCAUACCGAAGUUUCAUUUUAAUCUACAAAUGGAGACCCUCUACAUAGGAAUGAACAAGAGCCAGUACAGAGAUAUAAUAGCGUUGGUGGAUUCUAUGGGUAGAAUGACCAAAGGCAUUCCUUAUCGCAAAUACCGACCGAAUUUGACGGAAUACAAAGGACACUACCGCGACUGGUGGAAGUUUGCCAUCACUGCCGUUUUAGAGCAAGACGUGAAACGGAAGAGAAGAGAGUGGAACUGGGACAACAUUUUAGAUUAUAGGAAAAAAUGUAGAACAUACAAGGAACUGUACUCCUUAUCAAAUCAGAAGAAAGCUUUGAAACCUGAAGACGCUGAGAAACUAAAAUCGUGCGAGAAGGGUUUAGAUCUAACUAACCUCAUCAUUAUUAGGCAACAAGUUCAAGCACAAGCUAUGAAAGAAGCUAAGGAAAAGGGAAAACAGUCUUGGUGGGACUGGGCCUGGGGAAGCAAGUCAAACUCCAGUAAGGAUGGUUCAAAGGGUGACAUUAUCGACCAGUUUAAGAAAGAAAUGACACCGGAAGAAAAACAAAACAUGUACAAAGCUAUCGGAUACCAAGAAAAUGCAGCGCCUGCCGAGUAUCCCGAAGAAUUCGUUGAUAUAACAGCAACAUUUUUGUUAAAAGCACUUCAGCUUGAGUUGUCUGACGUUGAUCUAACAGAGAAGUCAGUUACCGUGCUUAAAGUUGACCUGAAUACAGUACGUUGUAAGUUGGAGACUAGGGCCGCAGCUUCGGCCAUGAAAGUUCAGGUAAAAGUAGAUGACUUCCGAGGUGAAGGAUACCGUGAGGGAGAUUUCAUACCUUACCUAAUAACAUCAGAAAAAGCCCAACAAGAAGGCCUGCUAGAAGUGUUAUUCGAGACCAAUCCAUUGGACAAGAGAUGCGAUCAGCGAGUUCACGUAACUGCUUUGCCUCUUAAGAUCAUUUAUGAUGCUAACACAGUCAAUAAACUGGCGGACAUUUUUAAAAUUCCACCAGACUCCAAUUUAGAGCAGAUUGCGGACGUAGCACAAAGCAGAUUAACCGACUUCAAGGAGAUGUCUUCCUUGGGUCUUCAGUAUGCGGUGGAAAAGCGACCUCUGGUAGAUCUAAAUGUAGAUCUUCAGGCACCCAUUUUGUUGAUGCCACAUACUGGCAAAUACACCGGCAACGAGAACAUUUUGUUGGUGAAUCUGGGAAGAGUGAAAGUGUUUUCUUAUGGCAGAAGAUGUACAGCUACUGAAGUGAAACGGCUCAACGAAGAAGGCAAAACCCAAGCCGAAAUCUUUGCCUUCAUGAAGGAGCAUAGCUACGAUAACUUUAAGCUCGAAUUGACAAACGUUCAAAUUCUAGCAGCCGAACGUGGCGAAAACUGGUCGGAAGCUUUAACAACAGGAAAGUCCAAAAUGCAUAUUCUGAAUCCUGUGAGUUUGUCGAUAACAUUUUCCACGUGCCUUAUAACCGACGAUCCUAGAUUGCCCCUUAAUAAGGUGGCUGGGGUUAUACCGUCAAUUGAUCUGGUUAUUUCAGAUGCUAGGUUGUUGUUGGUCAUUGGCCUAUUUACUAGUAUUAAGUUCCCAGGAGAUGAAAUCCCUGAAGCACAACCUUUGAGAAAAGCAGCUUCCAGUACUCUACUUUUGAAAUAUAAAGAGAUGCAAGCUACAGGCAAAAAUACUAAACAGCUAAUAGCUAAUCUUGCAGACGCAGAAGCCAGCGUCCAGUUCACUACUUUAUCUGCUGAAUUUGAAAUGUCCAAGCUCUCUGUAGUUAUAAACAAACAAGGCACAACCGCUGAAUCAGCACAUCAGCUAGCUAAGUUCAGAGUUGACACGAUAAAAUGCGACCUGAAGCAGCAAACGUACAUCACAGACAUCUCGUUGAUUCUGGGUGGUAUAGCUCUAGAGAUGGAAAGGGAUUCCAAGAUAAUAAACAUCAUCGAGACGCCAAGGGGCGACUGUAAAGACGAUUGUUCGUUAUUUAAAGUUGAAUUCAUGCAGGUCGACACCAAAUGUCCGGAAUUCUACUCCACCUACAAAUCUUGCGAGUCCAGUCUUCUUCUAAAUUUCGAAGUUUUGAAUAUAAUACUUCACCAAGAAGGUCUCCUGUCCCUGAUGAAAUUCGGAAACGAGAUCCAGGAGCGGAUAGCUGAAGCUACCGAAGUCAAAACGUCCCAGGACAGAAUUGCCACCAUACACUCGCCUGGAUUAGCGCCAGGAUUAGCGACUGGACUUUCUACACUUGCUUCGAUAGCCGAAGAGUUCACCGAAGAACUGCCGAAGGAAAUUAAAAAGCGCUCGAAACGCAAGAAGGUAACCGUUCAGACUAUUAAGUUCAAGAUUAGCGCCGCCUUGAAGGAAGUUUCACUUAAAAUCGCUACAGACGCCACAGAUGUAUCUCGAAUGGCUAUCAGUGGUGCCAACGCAACUGUUAUAGUAAAGGACACUUAUACACAAGUAAAUGCCACUCUCAGCGACAUGACUGUUAUGGAUUUGAACAAACGAAGUGUGCACGAACUGAUUAUGUCUCGAUUGGAAGGUGACACACUGUCGGCACAAGUUGUGAUGAACAACAACGAAGAUGUUGAAACAGACCUACCUGAUAUGGACAUAACAGUACAAUUGGGAAGAUCCCGAAUUGUAUUCAUGAAUUGGUAUGUCUCCAACAUGUUGAAUUUCUUAAACCAGUUCCAAGCUGCCCAAGAUGCUAUUGUCGAGGCGUCUCAAAAGGCCGCCGAAGCUGCCAGAGAGAACAUGAAAGAAGCAUAUAAAAAGGCCACGAAAAUAUCCCUCAAUGUUAUCGUUAAAGCUCCAAUUAUCAUGGUACCAAUCAAUUCACACAGUUACGACAGUUUAUUACUAGAUAUGGGUAUCAUAACUUUAGAAAAUAAGUUCCUGACGUUAGACAUCCAGAACGAGGAAGGUCAUCCUGCUGUUAUAGAUGAUCUGAAGAUUGGUUUUAAAGAUUUGAAGAUGUCUAGAGUGCUUUUGGAUGAACACUAUGGGCUGGUUAAUGAAUAUUACAUGCUGGAACCGUUUAAUUUGAAUUUGUCGGUGAAGAGGAACUUGUCAGCUUCUUGGUAUCAGUCUGUCCCGGAUUUAGAUAUAUCAGGAAACAUACCGUCAAUACAUAUAAUGAUGGGCAACAUCGAUUAUCAGCGCAUCAUGGAAAUCCUUAGCGGAAAUUUGGCUGAAGGAAAAGUUGAAGCUGUCGUAAAAGACCCCGUAGAAGAAAGUAAAGAACUUGCAGGUGCUGCUUCUCUAACCGCCAGUGCUUCUGUUGUGUCUACUAAAGCUGAUGUUGCGAAAGAAAUAUGGAUGGGAGCCACCAAACAGAAGCCUCACAUAUUCCUGAAGUUUAGCUUUGCAAUGGAAAAGUUCACUAUUUCUCUGCAUCAUAACUUGACUGAUGAAAGGAGCAAAGUACCUGGUGCUGAUAAACAACAAUUCGCUAAAUUCUGGCUCGAAGGACUCUCCGUCAAGGGCCGCAUAAUGACAGAUAAUUCCAUAGUGACCUCAGUUCUGCUGAUGAACUGCCUUAUGGACGACGCUCGGCCGGGCAGGGAAGGUAAAUUGAACAGGAUCAUAGAUAGAUCUUCGCCCAAAGAUGCCACGUACGAAUUUGUCGAUCCGAAGAGCGCUUCCACCAAGAGCAUGAUCGAUGUCACUUUCCAGAUGAAAGACAAUGAAAUGUUUGCUGACAUUCGGGUAUUCAGUUUUACCAUCAUUCUCUCAAUUGAAUACCUCAUGAAACUAGCGGAAUUCUUCAAAAUACCCGAAGAACAAGAACAAGAGAUUAAAAUGAUAAGUGCCGGAAAAUCAAAUGUCCCCACACCAAAAGUUAAACCUGCAGACACACCAGCUGCAGAACAACAUAUGACCAUAAACCUUAAAUUGGAAAAACCUGAUAUUAUUUUGGUUGAACAUAUGGAUAAUGUGGAUACACGAGCUAUGAUCCUAAACGCUGAAAUUUUACUGAAAUACCGUGCUGCCGGUAAACAUCAGGUUGUAAAUGGUAUAAUCAAAGAAUUAGAACUGUAUCGAUGUGUUUAUAAUCCUGAACACAGACCUUUCACAAGGUGUAAUGUACUUCAUCCUUUGGAUAUUAGUUUGGCAGGGUCUACUCCACCAGAAAAAGGACUACAUUUGGAACUUUUGGUGACUAGUGUUUAUUUGAGCGUUUCGCCUGCGACAAUAGAACUUCUUAACAAAACUUUAGCUACUAUGACUGGUGGAGAUGAAAAGGAUAAGGAAAAUGAUGAAAAGGUCUUCGAAUACGACGAUUUAUGGAAAGACUCUGAACUAAAACCAGAAAAACUGUGGUAUUUAAAUACAGAAUACGGUACAGACGCCUUAGCGUUGGAGGAUACAUGUCCUGCUGAUCAUGGAAAGGUAGUUCUUCAGGAGUUGUGUAUAAUAUCUAUUCCGUCUGUAACUGUAACCGUAGAAGCAGGUGUUGGCAACAAGACCUUACCAAUGUUGAUGUUGGAAACAGGAUUCUCUGGUAGCGUUAAAAACUGGAGUUCACAGAUGAUACUGGAGGCUGCCCUAACCAUGCAGAUGGGUUAUUAUAACAGUAAACUCGCUUCAUGGGAACCACUGAUAGAGCCUGAAGUCUUUAAUAACAAGCACAUUCCUUGGGAAUUGAAAGUUGAGGUGACUAUGAAUCCAGAACAACCUGCAAUAGACAACACAUCCGUGUUAAGCCCAGCAGAGUCUGAAAGCGAAAAAUGCGAAAUAGAGCUACCCCCACCGCUUAUGCAAAUUGAUUUAGAAUCUGAGAAAAACUUAGAACUUACUGUUACCAAAACUCUCUUGGAAAAUCUUCAAUAUCUAGGAAAAGCUUUCGCUUCCGCUUUGGACAAAGAAAAUAUAAAGACACAGGUCAUAGAAUCUCCCUACAAGGUCAUAAAUGCAUUAGGAGAAGAUAUAACACUUCUUCUGGAGGAGAGCUCUUUCACCGGACCACCGUCUGGUGUUGGUGAUGUCAAUACCUUACAAGAUGUGCCACUGGAACUAAAGAAAAACCUAAAAGAAAACGAAAAGCUACAUCUAGGUCAAGAAUUGCUGUCCAAUUCAAAAAGAAAAUCGUACACAUUGAAACUGGAGAUACCCUUUUUGGAUUCCACGUUAACCCUUCCAGUAAAUAGGGCAGACAAACGCUACUUCCCUUUGAAUUAUCGUAGUUCUAUUCAUGACAACUGGGCUCUUAUAUCUGAUAUAAGAGUAGAGGAAGCAGUCACUAUUAUAACUUUACGAAGUACUGUGCAGGUUCAUAACUACUUCAACGUGCCAAUAGACGUCUAUUAUAUGACUUCCAAAGGCAACCAACUUCUGCUGGUCAAUACAAUUAAGCCCAAUGACAAACUGAACGUUCCGCUCAAAGCUGUCUAUACACCAACUACAGAACUCUUCUUCGGCGUACCCAAUUACUCUGUAACAGCGACGCCAUUUACUUGGAAAGAACUGGAAACGAACUUGAAGGUCACGAAGAUCCUGCAGUGUUACCCCAAAACAGGGGAUAAUGAAACCAUGCCGUUCGUUAUAAAAGCAGUGGGCGAGAUGGAGCAGGUUUACUACGAACAUACCACUCGACAUACAAUGGCUAGUACUUGUUACAAUAUUAAUUUGAGACCAGCUGUUAUUUUCAAGAACUCUCUGCCUUAUAACGUUGUCUGUUGUGUGGAUGAAUCUCCUGAUGAGUUCACUGUAGAACCCGGUGAUACAUUACAGUUACCUACAGUGGAUCCUGGAAAGAACUGUCUCGUGUUCAGGAUUCCUGAAUAUUUAGAAAAAGAGUGGUCCUGUAGGAAAGCCCUAGAUGGCGAACCGGAGGAAUUUUCGGUGUGGAGUUUCGAAAGUUUCGACAGUGCUACCAAAAUGAUCCUGGAUCUGGGAAUGUAUAUCGUAAGAAAGAACGACUCGCUUGAGUUGAUGUUGUAUUGUCCGUUCUGGAUGAUAAACAAGACGGGACUCAUGUUAGGAUACAGAAAAUCUAAAAAAUGCGAAAAAGCAGAUUCAUCUAGUAGUCCUAAGAGCUCGGAUGAGGCGCUAAACGUAUUGUACCAUCCUCGUGACUUCCAAGGCCCCAUUCUGUUUUCAUUUAACGCCAAAAACUUCUUCGGUAAGAAAAAAGCGUCAGUCAGAGUCGAGAAUGGAGAGUGGUCCAACAAAUUCUCCGUGGAUGUGGCUGGGUCUUCAGGUUUUGUGAACUGCAAGUGGAACGAACAAACGUACCAGAUCGGAGUGCAGAACAGCCUGACCCACAACGGUUUAACCAAACAGAUAACUUUUAUUCCGUACUACGUGAUCAUAAACGAAGCACCAUACGCCAUAGAAUGCCAAGAACAUAACAGACCAGCAGACCAUUGGGUCACAGUAGAACCAAAAUCAUGCACAGCCUUGUGGCCAAAGAGCGAUGCACAAGACAAAUUAAUGAAAAUUAGGGUUAAAGGCACCCAAGAUUCUUCAGCGCCCUUCCUCUACACCGAGAGCCAUAACACAUUACUUAGGCUUAACAACAAAUAUGGUGGUGUCAACGUAGAUAUACAGUUGACUGAAGGUACUGUUUAUAUCAAUUUGGCACCUUAUGAAGAUGGUUCUGCUCCUGCUUUGUUAGUCAACCACUCUAAUUAUACUAUCAGCUAUUGGGAAAAAGAUUCAGUUCAAAAGAGGGAAUUACCCCCAUCAACUUGUUGCUAUUACACCUGGGAGAAUCCAUCUGGUCCAAGAUCCAUCGUGUGGGAUCGAGGAAACAAAAAGGAAAUUAUUAAUGAUCUACGUAAAGAUAUGUAUGGCGAAUUUGCACCUGAAGAUGGCGCUCACAUCUGCUGGACUUCAUUCUUGGAUGGAAUGCAGCGGGUGCUCCUAUUCACUGAAGAUAGGGCUCUGGCCGAAGGAGCUCAAGCCAGUAAUAUUCUAGAGGUCAUUCAGCAGGAAAUAACUGUAUCGAUACAUGGAAUUGGGUUAUCGCUUGUUAAUAACCAAGCGAGACAGGAAAUUAUGUACCUUGGAAUUGCUAGUUCAGGUGUGAUAUGGGGAUCCUGCAAGCUAUCAAGCACCAGAUUCAAAUUCUUCGACGCCAAGCUCUCUACAGCUCUAGAAAAUGCGUACCAAGCAUGUUUACGGGAAUCCGAAAUCAAUCCCAAUACCGAUUGGCACGUACAGAUCGACCCCAAGACCGAAGUUGACUUCAAGGCCAACAUGAUGUACAAGCCAACCAAGAAGAUAAUCAGACGCACAUUCCUAACCGGACUUUGGUUAAAUAUGAAGACCAGUCCCAGCCAGAAACAAAUCCAUGCCAAGAUUAACCGUUUGCAGAUUGAUAAUCAACUAUAUGACUGUAUAUUCCCAGUAGUAUUGGCCCCAGUGCCUCCUCCAAAGAGUGUUACUGCUAAUGAUGGAAUUAAACCCUUCAUUGAAGUUAGUAUUGUCCAGUUAUUGAUGAAGAACAGUCAGAUUCUUCAGUUCAAAUACUUCAAAGUUUUAGUUCAAGAAUUCCAUAUUAAAUUGGAUAUGGGAUUCGUAAGUAGUAUUUUAGAAAUGUUGCAAGAAGACGAGGCAUCUGCAGAAACAGAGAAACAACUCUUCUUGACAGACAAACAUCACGUUGAAGAAACCCUCUAUGCACUGGCUUCCACUCAAUCUAGUCAAGAACAAAAAAGCUUCUAUGAUUUACUUCAUUUUUCACCAUUUAAAAUCCACAUUAGUUUCUCUCUAGCUGCAGGAUCAAGUUCUUCCAGUCAAAAUAUAUCUACUCCUCCAUUAGUGCACGCCCUGCUUCAAGGCAUAGGUGUCACUCUUACAGACUUAAAUGAUGUUGUGUUCAAGUUAGCAUUCUUCGAAAGGAACUUCACUUUCCUUACGCAGAAGCAAUUGAUUAGUGAAGCAACUAGUCAUUAUGUAGGACAAGCUAUUAAACAAUUUUAUGUGUUAGUUUUGGGAUUGGAUGUCUUAGGAAACCCAUACGGCCUAGUAUUAGGUAUUACCAAGGGUGUUGAAGAUUUGUUUUAUGAACCAUUCCAGGGUGCGAUCCAGGGACCAGGUGAAUUCGUCGAAGGUUUAGCGUUGGGAGUCAGGAGUUUGUUCGGACACACUGUAGGUGGUGCUGCAGGUGCUAUGUCAAAGAUUACCGGAGCUAUGGGCAAAGGUAUCGCUGCUCUCACCUUCGAUGACGACUUCCAAAGGAAACGAAGAGAAAAGCAGAACAGGAAGCCCCAGAACGUACAAGAAGGUUUAGCUCGAAGUGGAAAAGGUUUGGUUAUGGGUGUGUAUUCUGGUGUAACUGGAGUAUUUACAAAACCAGUGGAAGGUGCCAAGGAAGAAGGAGUGGAGGGCUUCUUUAAGGGUUUAGGAAAAGGAGCUGUAGGCCUAGUUACCCGUCCAGUUGCUGGUGUCGUGGACUUCGCCAGUGAUUCGUUAGAUGUAGUCAAAAGAGCAGCCGAAGGUGGUGAAGAUACGUUAAGACUGCGAGCCCCAAGAUUUUUACAUUCUGAUAAGCUAGUACGGCCCUAUAACUUACACGAAGCUACUGGCAACAGAUAUCUCAACCAUAUUUCCAAAGGAAAAUAUGCCAAAACUGACGUUUAUGUGGCGCAUUAUAUUGUCGUAGAAAAAAAGGAAGUUUUGUUGUUGACUGACCGCAGAGUGGCUUAUCUUAUGCAUAACGACAUCUUCGGAGGAUGGCAGAUCGAAUGGUCAUAUACCUGGGAAGAAAUCACUGCUCCAGGAAAAGUAACCCCCAAAGGUGUUCAAAUUACUACCUCAGAAAAGAAGAAGAAGCUGUUCGGUUCUAGUAGUAAUACCAAGCUGGUGCUCAUCGUUAGCCCUCAAAUAAGAGAAGAGAUCUGCGAGAAAAUGGAGUCCCUUAGGACAGCUUAAUUUCUUAUGCUUUAAAAUGCUUCGGCGUACUUUCUUAUUUAAUAUUUAUCUCCAGUUCCAGAAACAAUGUUAUACAUGAAAGACUAAUCGUAAUGCUUUUGUUUGUUGUUGUAUGUGGUCGUUUUGAGUUAAUAUUUUUCUUUUUAAUAAUCUAAGCAACAAAAAUGUUUCUUUUUGAGUUGAGGAUAAUGUAUUCUACAAAUACUAACACCAACGUAAUUUUAUCCUUUACUCUAUAUGGGAGGCCAGUCCACAACUGAUGUACAUUGCACAGAUCAGAUUCUAAGGGUAAAACAUGCCGAAGAUACAUGGAUGAGCGCGGUGUAGGCCGCGAUCGCGGUCGCUACAUCGAUAUCAAAACCUUCAUUUUCUUAUGAGAUCGCAUAUACCAAGGAUGUGUCACCGGUUCACCCUCACGACCUUGCAUCGCGGUUUACAGCGAUGUCGAUGCCAAAACAGGAUACGGAAAGUAUCUUCGGUAUGUUGUGCCCGUCAUCGAUGUAAACCUCGACCGCGAUCGCAACCUAUACCGCGCUCAUCCAUGUAUCUUCACGUCCAUCAAGUUAGCAGAACAAAG